UGGAUUUCACAGCUGAGCGCCAUGGUGUCGCCAACUGGGCCAAGAAACCUUUACGAUGUCAUGGGUGUUGCAAAGGAUGCUAGCACCUCUGGCAUUCGCGCUGCAUAUCGAAAGCUUGCCGUUCAGUUGCAUCCCGACAAAGGUGGUGACCCUGAAGCGUUUGCGGAGAUGCAAGCUGCCUACCAAAUCUUAUGCAGUGUAGCUCUGAGACAGAGAUAUGAUGAGACAGGAAAAACAGACGUGCCAGAAGAUGUGCGCAAAGGACGCCGCUACUACGAAGAUUCUGCAGCUCAUGUUCCAACCCCCCCAAAGGAAGAGCUUCGCUGCUGGAAGUGCAACCUGGAGCUGGGCGCAUCAGCCAAGUUUUGCCAGGAAUGCGGUGCUCCAAGGGAAGCUCCUGCCAAGCCCAAGGAGACUGCAAGCCAGAAAGCUGUCAAGGUACAGCUCCCACCAGCUUUGCAAGCUAUGAUGGAGGGUCGCACCCUUGAGUGCUUGCCAGUUCCAGAAGAGUACGAGCAAGCAGUUGCCCAUCUUACUGUCACAGAGAAGGAGGGCAAGCGAACUCUUCGUCUAGUUGACACCUAUCCAUUCAUCGACAACUCCAGACUGAUCGAAGGGCAGGUGUUGGUGCAGAUGAGGGCUGUGCCAUUGACGAUGUCUGACCUCAAUGCUGAAAACAGGUACAGCUGUGGCGACGUCUAUGGCACUCAGGGCAUCGGCCAAGUGCGAAUGGUGGGGCCUAGAGUCAAAAACCUAAAGCCAGGAGACUGGGUACUUCCACUACAUGAUGUGGACGCUGAUGGUGAAGUUGAUCUGGAUGCAAUGCCUCCGGGCACUGGCCGAGUGUUGGGCGUCUGGAAAGCGGACAGGUGCGCCAAGCUGGAGUUUUCAGCGGAUUCACCUCUCACCAUGGCGAACAUGGCCCUGGCGAAAUCUAUUGGAGCCGCAUGUCUGUUAGUCAAGGAGCAUACCAUCAAGCUCGCUCCUGGAGACCCUGUGAUCCUCAACUGUGCCAAUGGUCUGAUUGGGCAGGUGCUGAUCCAGCUCUUGGCUGCAAGGGGCUUUUUGGUCUAUGCCGUGGUGCGGAAGCACAGUGGCGAGGACUGGAUCAAACAGAAGCUUCACGGCCUAGGCGCUGCACAUGUGUUUCUCUCUUCUGAAGACAUUCGCGGACGAUUGGAAGAGCUGGAACGAGCUUUGCCUCAAUUGGCACUCGAUGGUGUUGGAGGUGCUGCUACAAAUCAAUUAGUGCAGGCAUUGGCAAAAACUGGAGACCUCGUUUGCUUUGGAGUGGCUGGCGGAUCAAACCAACAAGCCGUGACUCUUGCAACUGGGAAAAAGUGGAAAGGAAGCCUCUUGCAAUUCAGUUUUGAUGAGUGGCUCAACAGAGACGUUGCAACAAAUUCCAGAAUUCUGAACGACAUGCUCUUGGAAGUGACUGAGCUGGUAAAGCAGAAGAAGAUGCAAUUUGUGAUCAAAGAGUAUACCACUGAGCGAUUCAACAUGGCUGUUCUAAAUGCGAAGCAGAUUGGAAGAACGCACGCCGUAGUCCUGCACCUUCCCCGCCUCCAAGAGAACCCAUCGCGAAACGCUGAAGGGCAAGCACUCGCUGUACCUGAAACUUCUCUUGAAAAGGAUCAUGUUUCCCGACACAAUCGAAGCUGGGAUUUGGACUUUCUGCAAUGGGAAGACACAAAUGCAGAUGAAGAAAUUGAGUGGCGAAUACAGAAAGAGAAGAACCUUUUCCAGAAGGUUCCACAUCCUGCUGGUGCAAUCCAAAAAUUUGUUGAGGCUCCUCCAACAGCUAUUGCCCAAGAGUUGGGAUGUUCUGCUGAGAAAGCAGAAGCUGUACUGUUUUGGCUUCCGGGACGUGGAGAGAUUCCCCAAGAACACGCGCAUUGGCUCGAGACGCUUUGUGUCAACAGAGAGCUUCGUGUCCUCAUCCUGGAACCACAUCAGCUGGAGCAGGACCUCAAGUGGUACGAUAUGACAGACAAUGAUGCCGUGCAACUAGGGCUUCGCUUCAGUAUCGUGGAUGAUGACCUCAAAAAUCCAUGUGGAGAAUUGUCUCGCUCAAGAGGGGUUGCCAGUUUCGACAUUCCUUUGCUCCCCAGUGAGAUCGAUGCAGUGCAGCAAGUGGAAGCUGCUGCUCUGGGCCUCAAGAGAAGAGCGCAGCUUGAAGAAGAGCGAAUCAAGGGAGCUUCUCGAAGUUCCACGUUGCCGUUUUUCUUUGGUGGCUUUGGCCAGGGUGGUGUCGUUGCACUGUAUGCAGCCCUUUGCCUUAUGGACAAACCAAUUGAUGCAGUGGCAUUCUGCCACAGUGGAAUUCCUGCAGCAUCAAUGCUUGGCAAGCGCCUAACCCAACAAGUCAGGACGCACACCAGGCUUCAUGCCAUCUAUGACAAGGCUGACGAGGAAGUUCCGAUUUCAUUCCCCGAAACCAUCCACCAAAUGUUUUCCUUGGCGAGAUGCAAAGUUAGCUUGUACUGGCUGCAGAAUGGUGACGGUCAUGAAUUCUUGACGGAAGCAUCUGAUACCGUGAGAAGAUGUGCCGCACAUUGGCUUGAUGAGAGACAGAAGCGGCCCGAUUUUAUGUUGUAGGGUGACUUUCAACUGUAGAGAGACUGAGCCCUUUAAAGUGCUUCAACCAUCUUUGGCUCUUGCUGUUGCCCCUUGGAGGUAGCUGCGUAGCUCAUUAGGAUUAGAUAGCGUGUCCGCGCUUUAGUUCUGAAAGUAGCCCACAUUUUAACAUAUGUCAACGCGAUUUCGUGCUUCAUCUCGUUUAAAAA